GGAGCUAAGAGCGAGGUUUCCUUGGAAGUUUGACAUCUUUAACGCAAAAUGGUGAAGCAGACGAUACAGAUAUUUGGUCGCAUCAAACCCACGAAGAAACCUGUGACGGUGUACUCGGUGGACAAUGACCAGCAGACAGGUGCGUGUCUGGAGUUUCUGGUGCCCAGGGACCUGGCCGAUGGCUUUGUCAACAAUAAAAGGGAAUGCUACAAGUUCAGAUUCAAAAAAGUGUUUGAUCAAGAUACCAAACAAGAGGAGAUUUUUGAAAAUAUUGCCAAGCCAGUUGCUGAAAGUGCACUCGCGGGCUACAACGGCACCAUUUUUGCCUACGGCCAGACGGGUAGCGGAAAGACCUUCACCAUCACUGGGGGGGCGGAGCGCUACAGUGACCGCGGCAUCAUCCCCCGCACCCUGUCCUACCUGUUCGAGCGCUUCAGCCAGGACAGCAGCAUGGUGUACACCACCCACGUGUCCUACCUGGAGAUCUACAAUGAGGUGGGGUAUGAUCUUUUGGACUCCCGUCACGAGGCAUCUCGACUGGAAGACCUGCCAAAAGUGCUAAUUAUGGAGGACCCAGAACAGAACAUCCACCUCAGGAACUUGUCUCUGCAGCAGUCAGCAAACGAAGAGGAGGCUCUGAAUCUUCUGUUCCUGGGUGACACAAAUCGGAUGAUAGCUGAAACUCCCAUGAAUCAGGCUUCCACUCGUUCCCACUGUGUUUUCACUGUGCACUUAUGCAGGCGUGAACCGGGCUCAGCCACACUGCGGCGGUCCAAGCUCCACCUGGUGGACCUGGCCGGGUCCGACAGAGUCAGCAAGACCGGUCUGAACGGACAGCUGCUGACCGAAGCCAAGUACAUCAACCUGUCCCUCCACCACCUCGAGCAGGUGAUCAUAGCAUUGUCAGAGAAAAACCGUUCCCAUAUCCCGUACAGAAACUCAAUGCUCACAUCUGUGUUAAGGGACAGCCUGGGGGGCAACUGCAUGACCACCAUGAUUGCCACCAUGGCAGUUGACAGACGAAACCUUGAUGAGUCCAUCUCCACGUGUCGCUUUGCUCAGCGUGUGGCUCUGAUAAAAAAUGAGGCAAUAUUGAAUGAAGAACUGGAUCCUGCCCUGUUAAUAGCGCGUUUAAAAAAUGAGGUCCUGUUACUCAAGGAAGAGCUGGUCAUGGUGACAGGAGAGCAGAGAGAUGAGAAGCUGUCCUCAGAGGAGAUCUGGAAGUUGGAAGAGUUACUCAAAGAUUUCUUACAUGACCCUGAUCCAGAUGUGACACUGUCACUGGGACCCGACAUGAGGAAGAUUCAGCACUGUUUCUCCCUGCUGAAGAAGAUCAUUUUGAGCAAACAAGGAGGAAGAGAUGGACGCGCUGAUGAACAACAGUUACCAGCAGCAACAGUGAGAGCAGAAGAUACUCAGGUCAACCACAUCGGUGCAGCAGAAGUGACCAAAAUGAAGGAGAUGCUCAGGCAGCGUGACAGUGAGAUCAGUAUCCUGGUGAAGAUGCUGAAGAAGGAGAAAAAAAGGGCAGACGAUGCCGGUGCUCUGCUGGCCAACAUCACUAAUAUGCAAAGACUGUCCUCCAGCGUAGAGUCCAGCAUGUUCACCGCAUCACAUCUGAGGGCGGGGAGCGUGGACAGUUUUCCAGAGGAUCAUGGAGGACAGGCAUUUUUAAUCCCACAGUUGAGAGACGGAAAUGUGGACACGUUUCCCACAAAGCAUGGAACACAAGCCUUCACAGGGCUUCAGUGUAGAGAGGCAGCCAGGGAGACGUUUGCAGUGGACCACAGAGUAAGAGUGCCCACAAUACCACAGUUUAGAGAAGGAAAUGUCAACAUAUUUCCUGCCCACUAUGAAGGACAGACAUGCAUGAUGCCACAGUUAAAAGGAGAACAUGUGAACACCUUUCCAAUGAACCACGGAGGACCAAUAUCCACAAUACCGCUUUCAAGAGAAGGAGGCAUGGACCACGGGGGACAAGUGAAACAAAACUUUAAAAAAGGUCCACAACUAUCAAUGGCAAAACAAGAAGCCUUUGAGAUCUUCAUCAGGGACCACGAGGAGCACAAGACCAUUGAAGAGAACAAGAAAAUACUCAAAGAGAGAUCAGCUGAGGCCAGAGGACUGGGGGAACAACUGAAUGAAGCCAAAAACAGAAUUACUGAGUUGAAGAAACAGUUAGAGAUGCGGAGGAGACAGCGGGCAGCUCAUGGUGUCGCGGGGAAUCAGACACAGGCCGAAGAAGAAUUCGACCUCGCGGAGGAAAACCUGUGCAAACAAAUUAAGCAAGAAAAAGUGGCCUACAAGAGCGCCAUUGGCCGGCUGAAAGCGUUGAGAACAGAGAUCGAGCAUCUGCAGCUGUUGCUGGAGAGGGUGAAGGUCAAGAUCCAGAAGGAUUUCCAGAAGUGGUGGAGCCAGGAGGCCUCGAAUCUGCAGGAAUCUGAUCCAGGAGCCAUGGCCAGACGCCACAGUACGCCACCAAACGGGACCUUGCAGCCAUCAUCACCAGGCACUCCAGGAUUUGGGUCUCCUGGUCUUAGCAGUACUGUCAGAGAGAGUCCAGCAGAAAAAGAAUACACAAACCCACACUACUUCACUUCCUCUGUUCAGCGUUUGAGCAGCCAUGCCCCCCAACAUGUAGCUCCAUUCCCAGGGAAGGACUUCAGUUCAUCCUCUGAGAGAGGGAUGCCUCCCUCCACCACAGUCCCACCCUCCGUUAUCCCACUGACGGGAGACCAGCAGGUUGAUGCCAGCAUCCUGGCGUUUGUCAAGGCCCGGCAAAGCCUUCUUAACAGGACAGCCCCCCCUCAGCAGUGAACUGAACUUCGAAGAAUUCAUGAUGUCACCGCAACCACAUAAGCCAGGAAUCAUGAAGUGAAGCAGCUGACUUUUCUGUCCCCUGAACUGCAUUAUUAUACACAAUUACAGUCACACAAAUGAAUAAAGUGCAUUUUGUUAGCUGAACAUCCUGAAGUGUGAGCACCUCCAGAGAAGUAGAGUUCAGAGUUGGUCUGCUGCUCCGGGCCGUUCAGGUGUGUGUUAGCACCAUGCAAAGGAGGAAAGGCAUCAGAAGUGGACACACAGUGCUCGGAGAAACAGCACAGCUCACAGCAGGUGUCAGCACGGUGGGGGAGGGCUCAUGAUUCGGGCUGGCUCUGCAGCAGCAGCAUGCAAAUCCACAACAGAAGUUCUGAGAAAGAGAAGAAUCAAGGUUCUGCGAAGGUCCGCUCAGGUCUCAGCCUGACAGCCUGAAAUGCUGUGGGACCUUCAGAGAAACCAAAGCUAAAAACCUCCGUGAACCAGAGCAGCACUGGGAAGAGGAGAGGUCCAAAAUUCAACAUGUGACAGACUGAAGACAAAGGCAAGGAAACACCCAGGACGAUCUGGUGAUCAGAAACAUUUGGCCAAUCCUGUAAGACUUCCUACACAUCAAAUACAACUUGUUGACAUCUUUGCAUGGCUUUGCAUUCAUUUGUUUGAAGGAUGAGUAGAAGCUCCAGGCUUUGCAUCCAGGCCUUGGGUCUUGGUUGCCUUGGAUAUUUCUCUGAGGCAGCCCAGC